AUGUGUGGGAUAUGGUCGUUACCGCAAGAAGUGGCUAUGAAGUGCUUGGCUCAGGUAUCGAGAGUAGACCUCGCGGCUUUGGCUAUGGCCUCCAAGGAACACCGAUCUCUCAUCGUUUCCCUUGAUUUCCGGCUAUUGAGAUUCCAGAUGCGUUGUCUCGAGUCAAACAUCUACCUGUGGUUGCACAUCUUACCAGAACCGACCCCACGCUGGUUUAUCCUCAACCCCGUGCACCGUCGUCUGAAACCCAUCCAUCUAAAAUCCGACAAGGCUCCUCCGGAAUCAUCGUCCGCUUUCGUGUUGAGGAGUUUUGGGGUGUUUGUUGUCGGUGGACUCGUAAACGGCAAACCCACUUCGGAUGUCUCCUUCUUCGAUUGUUUCGAUAACACUUGGCAGUCUCUUCCGCCCAUGAAGAUAUAG